UGUAAACACUAUUUCUGCUCGGCCUGCGCUCUGAAACGCCUUAAAAAGACGACGAGGUGUUAUGCCUGCACAGAGGACACCAAGGGGGUCUUCAAGAUGGCCAGGGACCUUCAUUCGAGGAUCGCUGCUAUCAAAGCCAGAGGAAAGGAGCGAACACAGGCCGGGGACGAUGAGGAAGAUGAGUGGAAGGGUGAGCAUUCGGAGCAGCAUCGCCAUGGGGACGAAUGCACUCACAGGCAUGCGGUUGGAGACUCUCACAGUGAACAUUACAUCAGUUCGUCUGACCUCGAGGAAGAGUGCGAUGGUGAUGGGAGGGACCCGAAAGCACCUGCUUUCUCAACUCUCACACGCAUUGAGGGGGCUAAACCAGAAGCUGAGAAUUUUUACCACCUGCUUGGCUGUGAGCCAACUGAUGACACCGCUACCCUGAAGGCGGCUCUGCGUACCAAACAACUGCAAUGUCAUCCCGACAAGUGCGCCUCCCUCCCGCCGGACCAACAGUCGUUUCGCAGGAGCCUCUUCGAUGCUCUAUCACGCGCUUGGCAAGCCUUGGGUGACACUGAAUGUCGGAAACGCUACGACGCCAUUCUGCGCCAGGCGCAGUUGCAGGAAUCGGCUGGUCCCAGUUGCCCAGUACAGUGUGAAAUUCCUUGGAGUGCUUUUUUGGAAGAUGACGACCCCAAAAUUGACCCUUCAGAGAUCUACGCGGUAUCGUGUCGAUGUGGAGGCGAAUUCAUCAUUGAAGGAAUCGCUGCACUUGCUCGAAAACCUUACGCCUACUGCUUUCAGUGCUCUCUUGUUGCCAAAAUUUCAUAUCCUAUGGCUGGUAAAGACCUCAAUUUGAAAGAACCAGAUGAUUCAGACAGAGGACCCUUUCAGGCAUCUAAAUCAGAUUUUGAUGCGACACGAAGGCGGAAAGCGCUCUGUUUGAAGAAUGCUCUUACUAUUGUGGAAAGGUUUGGAAUGAAUCCGAUUACAGUUGAAAUGGUCGGAAUCGCGUUGCCCUGGCUUGAACGUGAGCAGUACGAUGAUAUUCCCGUGGAGCGUGUGGGCUACGGCAAUUGCGGUUAUCUUCUCUGUGUAAAGCCAAUCGGGACAACGCGAAUCCAGCAGCAGUACCGAAUUUCUUCGUCUAGACGAUGUGUCUAUGAAGUUGGCGACAGAAAGUACUUCUGCUCUGACUGGUGCUAUCGUGCAUCCUGCUACUUGAGACGCCAAAUUCCCUCAGAACCGGCCUGGUGCCGACCUCUCCCUACCGGUCCGAUGAUUGGCCUCAAAUUCCUCCCUGAGAAUGCGCCUGGUCGGCCAGGAAAAACCAUCUUAGAUGCGUUGCGCCAUCUAAGACUCAAUGCUGACAUUGAAAAUGAGGGUGACAAGAAAGACUCCUCAUCUGAUGAACAAGGAUCAGAACAAGGUGAUGAGGAAAGCUGCGCCUCAGAACCAGACAAUGAGGAAACGGUAGAGACGGGGCCCCAACCGUGGAAUGAAGUAAUUCCUCGAAUAGGAUCAACCAAAGUUAUAGAGCGGAAGGUGAGCGCUGAGUUCAAUACAACCUCAACUGCUGGAGUCGAUAUCGGGAGCUACACAGCAGUGAAGAAUACCAACAAUUUGGCAGACUGUGUUUUGGCUCGUCUUCAGGAAUGGAUGACAAAAAGGGCAGUAGAGGCUUUGUUCAGCAACGAACCCUAUGCCUCAAACGAUCCCCCUAUUCAUACACCGUCGUGUGAGGUGAAAUGCGAUGAUAUGAUUCCUCCGGCGGAGCAGCCAAUUACUACUAUAAUGCCUCUGGUAGAUUCAGUAUCCCAAAAAAGCUACCGUCUUCGUCUACUAAUGGAAUCUCUUUUGCCAAGUUUGAAGAAGAUAUUGUUUCGUUUGGAGGUCUCGUUUACGGCAGUCUAUAGUAAGCUACAGAAUGCAAUGGCCGAGUUUAACCUUUCCAACAAAAACCUACACCUCCGACCAAAGGAAGCUAACUUAGUGUGCCUGUGUUUGCUUCAUCUUCUCCUUCGAGGUGACAGUCACACCUGGCGCCAAGGUCGGCUUCUAGAGAUGAUCGGUGAUUUCGACGAUCUUAAUGAUCAAGCACAAGAGUUCCUCUCUCAGGUCAGAGAAAUAGCAGACAAGCUUCAAGAAGACAGUCUGGAUUCACCUUCAUGA